GAAGCUGCAGUGGUACAUUAAAAUAGUUCUAUUAAAGUAUAAGUUAUUAAGUGUAAAUGAAAGUGCGACACACGUUCGCGUUUCAAAAUGGUCUACAAAUUAUUGAAGUACUUUGCCAUUCUCAUCUUCAUUAUACCAUCAGUUUUUUCUACUAAUUCCUGCACUGUUGAAGAUUAUUUGGAUGGGUGUAGAUAUACAAUAUUAUGUGAAAAUUAUUCAGGAACUUCCGCAAUAUAUUCUUGCAGUUCAGAACCGCAUAUUAUUUUCAAAAUAAGAGGUUCCAGAAGUGAAACUCUGACUGCAAGUUUCUUUGGUGCAACUAACUUUGACUCGAGAGUUCGUGAAAUUAAAGCAAUAGACAACACGUGGACUACCAUAGAAUCAAAUGCAUUCAAAUAUUAUACUAAAAGCGUUAACGUUGAUAUAUCAUGCAAUCACAUCAAAAUAAUUAAAAAUGACACUUUUAAAAAUUUUGGCUACCUCAAUUAUUUAAACGUAUCAAACAAUGAAAUUGAAAGCUUAUUUCCUAAUUCUUUGGCUCCGAGUUCCAGUCCAGAUUCUGUGCUAGUAUUGUUAGACUUAUCCAAUAAUUUUCUCAAUAGCUUGGAUUAUGGUGUUCUCAAUAAUUUUCCAUAUCUCAUUACUUUAUAUUUGCAAAAUAAUAAAAUUCAAAAUAUAUCCGAUGAUAGUUUUACUUCACUUAAAAAUUUAAAACAGUUAUACAUGCAUCAUAAUGAGAUUGAAAUUUUAAACAUGAUGUUAAUAAAUUUGAAAUCCUUAAAAGAAUUAGACUUGUCUUAUAAUAAGCUUAAAAAAAUUUCGGGGUACGAAGUAAAUCGUUUGAUUGCAUUGGAAAAAUUGAACAUGUCAUAUAAUAAUUUAGAAAUUAUCGAAUCUAAUUGUUUUAAUCAGGCACCUAACUUGAAUAUUUUAGACCUUAGUCACAAUAGAAUAGUGUCGAUAAUAGAUCAAAAAAUGUUUGAGAGCAACAUACAUCUUCAAUAUUUUGAUGUAAGUUAUAACCAGAUUAUAAAAAUUGAAGAAAAUUCUUUCAAAAAUUGUAAUCUUACAUAUUUUAAUUUUGAUAACAAUUUCUUAUCUGGUAAUAUUACAAACUCUACAUUUAUCGGAUUGAGUUCUAUUACUCAAUUAAAUCUAAAUCAUCAAAAUGUUACUAAUUUAAAUGCAAAUGCUUUUUCGAGUCUAACCAAGUUAUUGUCUUUGAAUAUAAGUUCUAACAAUAUUCAAUACAUUGAUACAGACAGCUUUCAAAACACUAUUAGUUUACAAAUUUUAGAUUUAUCACAUAAUGAAAUAUCAACUUUAGAUUUUGUAAAUAAAGCUCUAUUUAAUUUAACUCAUUUAUAUUUGAGUAACAACAAAAUUGUUUCCUUAUAUGAAAAUUUAUUUAAAAACCAUAAUCAAAUCAUAAAAUUAGAUUUAUCGAUGAAUAAAAUAAUUAAAAUACAACAAAAUUCUCUACCUUUGUUUAAUUUACAAUAUUUAAAUAUAACAGGUAACAAUCUUGUUGGGACAAUUGAAAAAAAUACUUUUAGUCCUGCGAAAUUUCUGAGAUAUUUAGAUUUAAGUAAUUUUAAAAUAAAUAAAAUAGAUGAUAUGGCUUUAAUAGAUCUUCCAGUUUUAGCUCGAUUGAAUCUUUCUAUGAAUCAAAUUGAAUAUAUUGGUUCUAAUAAUUUUUAUGGUUUGGACAAUUUGUACAGUUUAGAUAUUUCUCAAAAUUAUUUAAGUAAAAUUAAUCUAAUUAAUACAACUUUAACAAAUUUAAAAGCCGUAUAUUUACAAAAUAAUAAUUUAACAAAACUUUCAAAUUCAUUAUCUAACGCAAGAAAUAUAAUUUAUCUUGAUUUAUCAUUUAAUAAUAUUUCUGAUUUAAAUGAUACAGAUUUUAAAAGUUUCUCCAAUUUACGUGUAUUACAUUUAGCACAUAAUAAUAUUAAAUUGUUUAAUGUACCACAAAUCAAUGCUUUAUCGAAUAUAAGUGUUAUUAAUUUGUCUCACAAUCAAAUUUCUUAUGUUGAUUUGAAAUAUUUCAAGGAAUUAAUAAGUAUAGAUUUAAGUAGCAAUAAGAUAUCAGCUUUAAAUAAUACGUUUUUCAAGAAUGUCGAUAACUUAAUGUCUGUCGAUUUAAGUAAUAAUAGUAUUGAUAAUUUACCACCAGGAAUAUUUAAUAAUAUCAAAAUAUUAAAAUCCCUUAACUUGUCAUCCAACCAUUUAAAUAAAUUACGCUACGGUAGCUUACAGGGAUUGCAUAAGACGGAAGUUUUAGAUUUAUCAAGGAAUAAUAUUUUAGAUUUUGAUGUUAACGUAUUUCACGAAUGUAAAGACUUAAUAAAACUUAUAAUAGAUUACAAUAGAAUUAAAUCAGUAGAUGUAGAGAGUCUCACACACACUUUGUCUAAUCUUAGAGUUCUAAGUUUAGGUGGUAAUCCACUUCAGUGUAAAGAAAUAGUAAGAAAUAUGAAAUCGAGUGUCACAAGAUUACUUCAAGUUACAUCUAUAGAUAAAGUUUAUCAUGAAGAUAAUGUUUAUGGUAUAAAGUGUGGAGAUGUUAAUUUUGAUACGACGACUACUAAACCUAAAAUAGACGGCGACAACGUACAAGAUUCUUCUUUAUCUAAAAUUGUUUUGAUCUGGUGCGCAGUAUUGUCAAUAUUAAUUAUUUCAAUGGGCAUAGCAAUAUUUAUAUAUAAAAACAGAAAAUAUAACAUGUCCAGGUUACAUUUAAGGCAUUCUUUAGAAAUAAACGGUUCAGAAUGUCCGAAUGAUUUGUUAAGUUAGUUUUAAAAAUUAAU